AUGAGAAAGCUCAGUUCAGUUCUGGUGGUUGCUACCGUGCUGGGGGCCGCCCACGGAGUGGAGAGCGGCAGCUCGGAUCAAAAAGGGUCGGCAAAGUCCGUCGACUGCCUUGCCGACUUCAACGCCGCUCGAGAACGAGCAGGUCUCGAAGCCUUCAUCGCAGAGACGGACAACGAGAAGAUAUUGUCGACAGGCGAUGAAACCUAUAUAGGAAAGAUUUGCUCUGCCAUACAGGAGGCAAGCGACCUGCAUUUGCGCCACCAUUGCCGUAAACGCUCUCGGUGUGAUUGUCUGCUCAUAUGCGGAAAAGUGGUUAAUGUUACGGAGGCAAAUACCAAGCGCGAGGGCACCUAUGCCUACGCGCCUGAGACAGGCCCUGUCGAUGGCUGCUCGGCAGCCGUCUCCUAUUGGAAAAAAGCCUACGUAAACUUUGGCGAACUCCCGCCCGAAUACAACAAAGACACAGAUGUGUAUAAGGAUAGCCGUAACCUCUCUCUUGUGGCCCUGUACAACCCGAAUGAGGGCGCCACACUUGACUGCGCCUACAUCACUUGCCCUAUCUCAACUGCGACCACCACAGCCGCCCCCACCACUACCAGCUCUGCAGCCGUCUCCUAUUGGAAAAAAGCCCACGUAAACUUUGGCGAACUCCCGCCCGAAUACGAGGAUAAAAAUGACGUAUAUGCCGAUAGCCAGAACAUGUCACUUGUGGCCCUGUACAACCCGAAGGAGGGCGCCACACUUGACUGCGCCUACAUCACUUGCCCUAUCUCGACUGCGACCACCACAUCCGCCCCCACCACUACCAGUGCUACUACAAGCAGCUCCUCCUCGAACGAUGCAGGCGGAUCUGGCGGAGGUACCGGAGGUAGCGCAGGUAGCGGAGGUGGCGGAGGUACUGGAGGUAACGGAGGUAGCGGAGCUGGCGGAGAUAGCGGAAGUAGCGGAAGUAGCGGAGAUAACGGAGGUAGUUUUUUCAGUGCCGAGCGAAGAGCUGGGGUUUCAGCGAGCAGAGGUUUCGAGGGUCGGGCGUCAGCAGCCGCUCCCAUAUUCUACCCUGUUUCCCGUGAAGGAGACUCUGGAGACCCUCAGAGGACUGGACCAUCCGUUCGGCGCCUCUCCACUACCUCAGAAACGGUUACCGGCCUCGUUUGCCUCACCAACCCUGCGGCUCUUGUAGAUGGACAAAAACCCUUCACUCAGCAACUGUGGUUCCAUCUGCGUGUUGUUGUGUUCCUCCUGUCGGCGCAUUUUCAUUCGUUGUCCGCCUGCGCCCCUUGUGUCUUCAAGGUGCUGCUUAGUGCCGUCUAA